AUGGCCCCACCAUCUAAGGCGCCCGAGUCCGCCUCCACGACAACGACCGGGCACGAUGGCGACUCGCCGGUGGAUAACAUUGCCCAGGCCUACAAGGACCUGCUAAGAGGCGAGCAGGCGGCCAGCGCACUCGAGGCAAACCUGACGAACCUGGAGGGUCGACUCGAUGCACUUCUAGCCGCCUUUGAAUCGGCUCAAGAGCCCAGCAAGGACGGUACCGUGGCACCGCCAGGCAAAGGCUCAAAUGAGCCGGACUCCAAGUCACAAGAGGCGGCGAAAAAAGCCUAG